AUGAGCAAGAGAUUCACUGUUGAUGAAGUGAUCGAUUAUAUCUUCAGUCACCAGAGCAAUAUUGAGGACAUAGAACUUAGCGAAACUGAGGAGGAUGUGUCGGAGGAAGAGGAUAAUCUUCAAUAUGAUCCCGAACAAGAGGAUGAAUCUGUUGGAGAGGAGGACCCGGCUGUCUCAGAUGCUGAAAGCGAAGUCUUCAAGUCCAAAAGAGGUGACAUGGCAUGGUCAUCAAGCCCCUAUGACACCCACAGCAGAGCACCAACAGAGAACAUUAUCAAAAGGACUCCAGGACCAACUAGAUUUGCUGUAUCACAUGCACAUGACAUCAAAACAACAUUUGAGUUAUUCAUACCACCAUCUCUUGAGAAGAUCUUGCUUGAGAUGACAAAUAUGGAAGGAAGAAGAGUGUUUGGAAAAAGUUGGAUGGAUAUUGACAAAGUACAGCUGGAUGCUUACUUGGGACUGCUGCUCCUUGCUGGGGUGUACCGAUCCUGCAAUGAAGCUACUGCCAGCUUAUGGGAUGGUGAGUCAGGCCGCUCUAUUUUUCGUGCUACCAUGUCACUUCAGACCUUUCAUGUGCUGUCAAGAGUAAUUCGCUUUGAUAGUAGGGAAACAAGAGCUGCUCGACGUGUGAAUGACAAACUUGCUCCAAUUCGGGAUGUUUGGGACAAGUGGGUGGAGCAAUUGCCACUCAUGUACAAUCCAGGGCCAGAAGUUACUGUGGAUGAGAGGUUAGUUCCUUUCAGAGGCCGCUGUCCCUUCAGGCAGUAUAUGCCGAACAAGCCUGGAAAAUAUGGCAUAAAAAUCUGGGUAGUAUGUGAUGCAAGAAACAGCUAUGCAUGGAACAUGCAAAUAUACACUGGAAAACCUGCCAGUGGAGUCCCAGAGAAGAAACAGGGCAAACGGGUGGUCCUGGAAAUGACAAAGGGUCUUCAGGGCCAUAACAUAACAUGUGAUAACUUCUUCACAUCAUAUGACCUUGGCCAAGAACUGCUGAAGAAGAAGCUGACCAUGGUGGGAACAGUCAGGAAAAACAAACCUGAGCUUCCUCUUGCACUUCUUGGAACAAAGGACAGGGCCCCUCUCUCCUCCAAGUUUGCAUUCUUGGGGAGAACCACAGUCGUGUCAUACUGUCCCAAAAAAAACAAAAAUGUCAUUGUGAUGUCCACCUUCCACAAGGAUGCUGCUGUGAGCAGUAGGGAGGACAAAAAACCAGAAAUAAUCCUGGAUUAUAACAAAAACAAAGGAGGAGUUGACAAUCUUGACAAGGUCACUGGCACCUACACAUGUAAGCGAAAGACAAAACGAUGGCCAAUGGCUGUCCUAUUCAAUAUACUGAAUGUCUCUGCAUACAAUGCGUUUGUGGUGUGGACAGAAAUAAAUCCUGGAUGGAAUGCUGGAAAACCCUUCAAGAGAAGGCUUUUCCUGGAGGAACUGGGGAGGUCUCUGGUAAAUCCCCACAUUGAAAGACGGCAGCAUCUUCCCAGAACCCAAACCUCUGCCAGUUUGGUGAGAGAGCUUCAGGCUGCACCCUCACCAGCAUCCUGCACAGGGAACCAGUCAGAGGACACUAGGGGGACGAAGAGAAAGAGAUGCCAGUCCUGUCCCUCCAACAAGGACAGAAAAACAAGCACAACUUGCCACAAAUGCAAGAAACACAUCUGCAAGGAGCACACAAAAACCAUCACAUAUUGUGAUUCAUGCAUGUAAACAAUACACUUGGAACACAGUUGGCCACAUUUAGGCACAUGUUUACACGCAGGUUUACACACAGGUUCACACACAGGCUCACACAUACAAACCAUAUUGUUUUUCAGUGUUCAAUUGAUAGCUCUAUGUUCUGAUUGCAUAACUGUUCUGAGUGAAAUAAAGUUAGUUUUAUUAAUAAGAAAUGACUUCUAACAUUUUUUCCUAAUGUAAAUCUAUACGGGUCAGUUUUGACCCGCAACACCACAAAUGUCACUAUAGUUGAUAAUGUUAAAUAAAAGGAGAAAAAACAAGAAAUUAUUAUUAGGCAUUUUCCAAUAAUAGUCUAUUAGACUCAGAUAGUUAGAUUGCCCCAUGGUCUUCACCAUAGGAAAUGUAAUAAAUUAUUUUAAACAGUUUUAUAUUAAUUGAAAAUUAGCAAUAUUUAGAACAAUGAAAGUUAUAUGGUACCAAAAUGAGAUUUAAAACAGUGUUUACAUAGAUAUAAAUACAAACUAAAUCACUAAUGAAGUUAAAAAACAAUAUUUAUCAUUUGCUAUUGUUUUUGAGUAUUUUGGCCUGACUUAAAUCAUGGGUCAAAUUUGACCCGCCAACACUAAAAAUGUGUGCAGCUUUCGAACACAUUACAAGG